AUGAGCGAUAGGAACAGCAGCAGCGGCAGCAGGCUCCGCCGGUGGCUGAAGGCGCCGGUCCGCAUGCUGAGCCGCGCAUGCGACUGCUACGUGCGUUGCAUGACCAGCUGCGCCGACGGGGUGCAGCAUGGCGGCGCGCUCGGGUACCACGCGGCCGCGCCGCUGCCGAGGGCGAGCGGCGACGACGACUUGCGGGAUCUCAUACGGGCGAAUUCGGUGUCCCGCAUGGGCGAAGAACUCAAAUGGGCGUUGCCGCAGCCGACGAUGGCGCCGAGGAGCCAAAGCAUGGCCAUCGGGAGGAUCGACGAGGACCGGCCUUGCGAGUUCGAGGACGACGUGAAGCUUGGCUCGGACUACCUGCUUCCGAGGAGCCGGAGUUAUCCAAAGAGGAGGGUGGCAGCGUUGCGUUGA